AUGGAGCUUCCAAAGGGCAAUCGUAGCUCUCUUCCAUCGUGGCUCAUGAAUACCUUCAAGACUUUGGUAGAUAACCAUCCCUUGAAACUUCUUCUACCUUCUUCUGCCCGCGCCUGUCCAUCGUCGACCACGUCUGUUUCGCCUGGGUUGGAUUCCGUCUCGGAUUCAAGUACAACCUGCGUGGAAUCCAUGGAACCCGCAUCAACGAAGGAGCGAAUUUUUGCUUUCGACCCUUUCGAUCCUGAUCAAGAGUCGAUUCAAUCCUCGUUGCAUGGGCGUACAAGGCAUACUCCCCCGGUCCAGUCAAUGCAUGAUCCCGACGUUGGUCUUUCCCAGUAUCAUGUCAGUAGAACCGUUCGAGCAGAAAGCCCUGUCAAGCCAGCCGUCCGGCCAGGUCCCAGCUUCUGGUCGUCGCCAAUCUGGUCGAAACGUAUUCCAUCUCACUCUCCAACCCUCGUCUCACGGAACCCAGGACCGACCCCAAAGCACAUCACUAGCUUCGAUCUUUCCUUCUCUAAGCCCGAUUUCUCCAACCAUGCUUCCUCAUCGCUCGCGCCUGCUCAAGACGAUCCGUUUGCUAUAGAACAACUUGAUUCUGAUUACUUUUCGCACAUAUAUGCUACUGCUGGGCCCUGUUCCUCUGUCAUUGGUGUCGGCUUUUCUGAUCAAGGCUCGGAGGAAACAUCGGACGCUCAGGCGGAUUGUCUGCAUACUCAUCCCGACUUGGACGACUUCUCGACAGUCGGUUUCACAUGGUCAAAGUUUGACAGGAACAGCAUCCAAGCUCCUCCGCUUCCACAACGGCCUAUCUAUCGACUGGACGAAGAGUACAUCCAUUCCGUCUUUAACCUUGAGGACUCCGUUGUCCAGGAUUUCGUUUCUGAAAGGAUGCAACCUGCAGCCGAUCCUUCAAAGGACACUGCCGUUCAACCUGAAGCAAAUCGACACGCCUCUCAGCCGCACUCCAGACCGGCUACGCCGUGGAUCAACUCCAGCACCUGGGAGCUCAUGGACAACUCAUUCGCAACUGGGAAUGCCAGAACCCCCUCUCCAGUAGCCUCGCCUGUUGUCAAGGCGGCUAAACCUGCUUUUGCCCCUGCUCCUGGGAUAUUUAUCUCACCUUUGCAGACAUCAAGCUCUUCCCCGAGCAAGGUACCUGCUCUUACGAAAUAG